CACAAUCUGACUACCUUCGAAAUAAGGGUCUGAAGGGAACUGUUCAGAAACAAUAAUGCGUUCUCCAUGCAUGUUUGAUACAGCGUCAGCGCCCCGUCGAAGUCGUCCAGGUUCCGGAGAUGCGAUGCCUUCAGGUUUUGGAUUUUCAGAAGCUCAGCAUCUAGCGGAAUUUGUUGUACCCACGCUCAACGGUAUCGAGCAAGCGGGUGAUUUCUUCAGGGCUCCUACCAAGUCCAUCGUGCAGGACCAACAGCUUCGCCAAGCUACGCAUGGCAUGGCAUACAGCAACCUGAGUUCAAUGUCAGGGUGGCCAUCAACGUUGGGCAGCUUCUCCUUCUCCUUAUUCUUUGUAUACAAGCUGAUUGAAAGCUUGAGAAGGGCUGCUGCGACACAAUCGUCUGUCUGACCGCCAAACCUUAAGCACCCCCAGCUGGCGAAUCGCCCAGGCAAGAUUGUCAUCCGCCGCAACAGCGUCAUUCGUGACAAUGUCUUUCUGAACAUAUUUAUUGAAACACAGGUCCAGUUGGGCCCUGAUUUCCUUGCCGCUAGGCUUUUAUCUUCAUCAAGGAGUAUGUGACUAGCCCGUCUAUAGCGUUUCUAGGUGAAACUGUUCUAUUUCCACAACAUGUCAGUGAUAUCAAAGACAAAGAUCCUUAAAUAAAAGGGGCAGGGCGGGGCGGGGAGGUGUAUGCUUCUCGACUUAUGACAGAAGAAGAAGGCUAUAUUACCGUUUUGAGCGCACUCGAUGGCCUCGAGACCGCGGUAGAGUAAUUCUUCCGAAAUUCCAUUUGGGCUUAAAAACGAGCAGAGCCGAAGCAAGUCAAAGGCGUGAGCGUACGAUUUGACGAGUUCCUGGAUAGAUAAUUCCCAGCACGAGAAAACACCGCCGGAGAACUUCAAGAAUUUCUCGCCGAUGAGCCGAGCAAUGUUGUUGCGAAGUCUGCCUAGGUAUUGCACUAGCCUGAGGGCUUUCUUCUUAAUGUAGGCCGCUGCUUGGGAAAGGGCAAGUGGAAGGUAUCCGAUCAUUUCUGCAACUUGUUCUGCUGCGGGUUUUGCUAUUGAUGGUGAGUGACUUUAACCACUCCAUGGGGACAAUGAUUCCAAAGAAAAUAAAUAGGGGGGGGCCACCAACCCGCGGGGGAGAACUACCUUCGUCUCCAUCUUUAAGAGAAUCUACCCGGCGAUCUAGAAGCAUCUUCACAGAAAACUGCUCCUCCAGCUCUGGGAUUUCAAUGAUCUUGAAGUCGGAUAAACGUACCCUAGACGUAGCAAUGAUGUGUCCAUGAUCGCAAGCGGGAAGCAAUUCCAGCAUACGGUCCCCGUCUGCCUCGUCGUUGAUUCCGUCGACGACAAGACACCACCCGAUAUUCGCAUCCCUCGCGAGCCAUUUACGUACACACUGCCACGGAGAUUUGGCAGCAUUUCCUCUCAGCUGGCCCUGACGAUCGAUUUGCCCCGGAAUCUGAAGGUCUGCUGCAAUACUACCAAACUUCUCUUCUCCGGGGUACUUCUUCGCAUAAUGAGUUAUCAAUUCGUCCAUGAUUCGAUUGGCACUGACGUCAAUCUACUUGCGUUGCUGAUAUCAACCCAGAAGACUGUGCUAUAGAUAUUUCUGUUGCGACGGACGUAUUCAAGGGCUGUCUGGGUCUUUCCAAUUCCACCAAUGCCUUGAAAAAUAACCAUUGUCCGACGGCACGGAUGAUUUUUGUUCUCUAGCAUCGUCAGAUUCAGGAUCGUUUGGAUACUUUCGAGCACGUUCACCCGGCCACAGAAGUAGAACUCCUUAAGAGCGUCCGUUGCUUUAGUCGUCGUGGCUAUCAUCUGUGCUGGAAUGACAGAAAGCAGCUCCAAUGAUGCCGUAGUGAAUCUCUGGCUCGGUGGAAUCCCGAUUAUCUCGCUGGAUUUCCUGGUCGGAAUCGCAGUUGCUGCAGCCGAAGCCAUCAAUAUGUGAAUAGGAUGCUUUGAAGAACCGGUCAUUCUCUUUUCCCUGGUGUACAUAACCAGGUCAACCGGGUGUCGACUUGGACAUGCGAUGAUUCCUGCCCCCCAUCUCUUCAAGAAAUUCAGCAACUUUCGACGGUCAGAUUUCAUGCUGAGCCUGCAGCUUAGCCAGUGCGUUGAGGUGGACUUCCGGCGGCAUGUUGAGAAUUUCCUUGCGCUCGAAAAGACCUCCUUUCUUUGCCUUUUUAAGAUCAUACUGGACUCCGCCGUUUUGCCCAUCAGGCUGGCUAACGACAAUGUCACCAAGUCGGAUAUCAUAGCCGCAUUCCAGCCUUGGGACCGCAGCCCCAAUGCCUACCAUGAGCCCGAACUGGACCUGCGGAAAGGAAGACAGCAUGGACAUUGCAGUAGUUGUCGCUGAGGUGCUGCCAUACACCCCCGCUGCAAGCGAUGCCAUAACCACGUUGUGCUCCCCAACUCGGCCCCCCAGGUGUAGGAGUUCCUGUCCGACGGAGACUGCGCGAAAUCGAGCGUCUUUCCGUGCUACUCAUCAAGCAUCGCAGUUGCCGCUGCAAGUUCCAGUGGAAGUGCUGCGAUCCAUCCUUUGGUCUAGUGGUAGCGGCUUUCUAAGGCCUUCACGGAGGCCAUUAUGCGCAGGCAAAAAGCCUGAUGUGAGGCUCAGCUUAGCAAUUUUGUAGCAGCUCACUAUACCUGAGGCCAUUAGCACCGGUGUACACCAAUUCAAAUCACUUACUCACGACAGUUGGAUGAUUUGGCUUAAAAUGGUGUCCGCUGGAGGUAAGGUCUGAGAAGGGGGGCGGCUGGCAGAAGAGAAGACACUGCUACAUGCGCAUGCGCGAGGUGACUGUAGCUCGCCACAGAACCAAAUGUGGGGGUCAAUGUACAUACAUGUAUAGUACAUGUAGCAAAAUGAUUGAUUGGGGACUUUAAUGUAAAGUGAUAUGUGUGAUAACCUUGCAGCCACAUGUGUCAUCAAGAGUGAAAACCGGAUGGCUCAAUCAUCGUUUAACAAGCUAUGUCUGGCCUGGGCUUUGGUUGUUUUUGAUUCCGCUGUUAGCUGGAGAGGGACUAGAGUGGAGAAUCAAAUUCUGACAGCGAAAGGCCCCGACAAGGUACCUACCUACCUACUUACCUUAAAUGAAGGUUUUAAACUUGCUCGGGGAUAAGAAAGAAUAUAUUUGGAGUCAUAUCUAACUUCCAGAGCUUCAAGCUAUUGCGCAUCUAUUUUUCCAAUCUUCGGGGAAAAAGGGGGUGGCGGAGGGAACCUUACUGCACCUAUUUAGUUGUAAUGGGAUUUAGUGAGAAAGGAGUUUCUCAUAUGAAUUCUUAACUAUGGAGAAGUGAGUAUAAAUUGGGACGGAAAUCGAAGCCUGGCAAGGAGGGCCUAGGGCGAAAGUGAAUUAAGGAAAAGAAAAAUGAAGAAGGGAAGAAAAUAAAGACAUUGUUCAGAUAGAUGGAAACCACCGCUGCAAAAAUAGACGCGAACGGGGAA